UCCAUAACACUUCCCUUCGGGACACAAUUUUAGUAUAAAAAAAUUUAAAAUAAAACUGUGCUAAAUCAAAUACUACUUUAGGGGGGGCGUUUAAAGACAUUCGAUGUUCACGUUUAUCCUGGUUUUGUGCUAUAGAACUUAAAGGAGGUGCUGCUAUGAGGCUAAAAAUAAGCCUCAAUGCCCGUAGUAGAUUAGAUAAUGCACAAGCUUGCCAAAGGUUUGAAAAAGAAAAAGAAAGGCAAAAAAUCGAAGCACAAAGAAGAAGAAUUAUUCAAACCAGAGGAGCUUGAAGAAUAUCGCAGACAGCACGCGGCCACAAGCGAGGAAACAGCAAAAAACGAAGAGUGGAAAAACUUUCUGUCGUUAACUUCCGGAGUAGAUGACAUCCUAAAGAAAACCCAAGACGAUUUAGAUCGCAUAAAAAGUACUUCAUUCUUUCAAAGAGUACCACCGCCAAGUGAAACAGAAAAGAAGAGACAGCAAGAGGAAGAAGCCUUAAGGGCAACUAAGGCUCAAGAAGAAGCGAAAUCUGUAAAAGAACAACCGGAACAGCUUGGAAUUGUUCAAGUAUCUGAGUCUGAAUCUGAAGAAGAAGAGGAAGAUGACAUAUUCGACACCACUUAUAUUGAUGCUAUUGCUGCUGGAGAAGUAAAACUAGCAUAUAUUCCAGAGUCUCCGACCGAUAAACCUGACGGUGACGACCCAUUUGAUACUUCCUAUGCUGAAAGAGCUAUAUUAGGUCCAGCAGCUGAAAGAAAAGGUAAGAAACUAGUACCUCUUGGGGCAGCUGUUGAAGUUCUUACUGGCAGAGCAACACUACCGACUUGUGCCACUGUUAGACCAGUAAGUAGACGACAGAUUCUUAAAGAAAGAGACCUUCUUCUGGGAAGUUUUGAUGGUAGUGACCCAUCAGCUGCCACCUCUGAGUUAGCAACAUCUCCCGAAAAACCCCCUAAGACUCUUCUUGAUGACGAUGAGAUUCCAUUGCCUGAUGAACCGAUUGACUUAAGCAAAAGUCUUUAUAUACCACCACCUCAACCAUCAGUUGAAACAACCCAACAAAAUAUCCUAAAGGAAUUUGAAGAAGACGAGGACGAUAAAGAGUUUGAAGCCUUAGCUGCUGAAAGUUUGGCUAAACCUCUUACUAACGUCGUUUCCAGUGAGGUUUUACAGAAAGUGUCCACAGCAGUCGUUGUUGAAGGUUCAACUGAUUGGAAACCUUUUGAGAAUCAUGCUGAUGUGAGUGACAAUUAUGAUGACCCAUUUGACACGACAUUCGCAGAGAACAUCCUCCCAGGGAAAGCUGAACUGAAAUUAUUAGAAAAAGAUUUAUUAGAAGACCAGUUUGAUCCUCGAGCUGCUGAAGGUGUAGCAGUUGUUAAAAAACCCCCUACUAGGGUAGCAGAUUCAGAGCUCACUCUUAUAAAACCAGUGCAUCGAGACCUUCUGGGGGGCAGCACUAGCGACCUAUCUAAGCUAGGAGACAAACCAAUUCUUCCAACUGAAGAGGCCAAAUCAGAAGAAGUAAGAUACAGCGAUCCAUUUGACACUUCCAUAGUUGAUUCUGUAAAAGCUCCCGGUCAGGCUGAGCUUAAGUUCUUGGAAAAAGAGUUGCUUAGUGACCUAAACACUAGUGUUUCAAAAGCUCAUUCUAUCGAUGACGACGACUUUAACCCGAGGGCUUUAGAAACCCAAACAGCUAAGGCUAGAACCCUAUCGAGACCCGACGUUUUGAACGUUGCAGGUUCUAAGACCGUAUCGUUUGCGGUACCUAAGGAUCUUUUGGGCGCUGAGGAUACCACCAAAGUCGCAAAACCGCUUACGCCAUUUUACGUGCGCAAAAACUCGGUCCCUGGAACUAAAACUCCCGAGUCACCGGCAAAUGAACCAGCAGACCCUUUUGACACAUCUUUCGUUCCCAGUCUAGCCCCUGGGAAAACCGAGUUGAAAAUAAUCGAGAGUGAGUUGUGCAACAUCAAUACCACUGUGACAAUAGACGAUCCUCACUUUGAUCCCCGAGACGAGAGUAAGAUAGCGAAGGUAGUCGCGGUUGAAACUAUCAAAGAUAUCGUUAACCCAAAGUCGAGGCCAAGUUUAAAUCAGGCUCAGGAGUCAGUUGAUCUUCUUAGUGCGGUAAAUGAUAUUGCUGCUAAGGUGUUAACCCCAGCAGCAACUAAUAGUCAAAGUUCUACUCAGGAGGCGGUACUAUCAUACGCUGACCCAUUUGAUACGUCAGUAGUGGCAACGAAUAUUCUUCCAGGUAAAGCAGAGCUAAGGCUCUUGGAAAGUGAGUUAAUAGAAUCAGCCCCAGUAGAAGAUUCCAAAGACCUCUUGGUUCACUCGGGAGACAUUAUCAUCGAGAAACCAUUAUCUCCGGAAGUCGGUCAAAGUUUCGACAUCGAACCGGACGAUUUUGAUCCAUUCGACACCAGUUUCGCGACAAACAUCCAGCCCGGUCGUGCCGAAUUAAAAGUUCUCGAGUCAGAACUGAUUUAA